AAUUAGCUUUUGAAAUGAUAAGCAGAAGUUCUAGUUUAUAAGACCUGUAAGAUUCAUUUUGGGAAUAUGUCUUUCUAAUAGCUUGUUAUCGUAUCGCUCUUAGACUCUAGUUGUCAUUCCAUGUCAAUUGACAACGAAUGUCCUCCACGGCUGGAGAGGGCAUCCCUGUGGGCACUGGCCAUAUCAGCUGUGAUCUACAUUCAUCAACUGUCGUCUUUUCGAAGCUCUCGUCGUCAUACCCGCUUAAGCUCUUAUCACCUAGAGUUGCAGAACAUGGGGUUGCUAUAGUAUACGUGAUGAGCUAUGGUGGUGGUCUUGUUGGCGGGGACUGCAUGCAACUUAUUGUUGAAGUAGGAAAAGAAUGCAAGCUCUUACUACUCUCACAGGGAUCCACCAAAGUCUUCAAAACGCGUGCUGGCAACAGAGCAUCCACGCGUUUUCGAAGAUCUUCUCCCCAGCCAAUUCCAAGCAGUCCGAGUCUGCAAGCGGUCACGACUCAAUCCAUGGAAGUCACUAUAGCUCCUGACAGCGCGCUCUUCCUCCUCCCGGACCCCGUGACGUGCUUCCGCUCUGCAUCCUAUACCCAAGUGCAAACAUUCCAUCUUGCCGGGAGCGCGUCGAUUGUGUUGCUAGACUGGGUUACGUCGGGGCGCAAGUCUAUGGGGGAGGACUGGGAUUUCCUCCGGUAUUACAGCGUCAACGAAGUCUUCGUAGAAGGCCGACGCGUCGCGCGGGACGUUUUACUGCUAGAUAGCUCGUCCCUUGAUACCCAAACUGCAUCCGAGUCCUGCUCAUCAAAUCCUACUAGCCGCCCACCACUUCGGACACUCAAAGAUAGGCUUGCGCCCUAUUCAUGCUAUGCUAUGCUGCUUCUUUAUGGGCCCCAGACGAAUGGUGUCGUGACUGACUUGCAGGCAAAGUACCGCACUAUUUCUAUUUUCAAGCGUGCUUCCCCGGAGAGGUUCCUUUGGUCCCUGACUCCUGUAGAUGACGGCAAAGGCACGGUUAUAAGAGCUGCUGGGGUUGAUACAGAGGACGUGAGGGAUUGGUUCAGGGUGGCACUUAAGGGGCUGGAAGCUGUCGUUGGGAUUGAUGAAUAUCGUAAAGUGUUCCUUUGAGGCGAAGAUGCUGUAGUUAGAAUCCGACAGCCUGAGAAGGAUCCUGUGUCCCAACAAGUAUGUGCUCACCCAUGAUAUAUGAUAAGGCGGCUGUGUUCCAAGCGCACUAUGGAGAUCCAC